AUGCCCUUAUUAAGAUAAACAGGCUGUUGAUGUUGCAAUACUAAUUUAUGGGUUUUUUACUUUGAUUAGAACUAUUAUGGUUGGCUUUUAAAAUCAUUAGGCUUUACCAGUUAGUUUUUAGCAUGCAUGGUAUUAUAAACAAUUUGAAUUUUAAGCCAUUUAAGAUGCAUAGAAAGUGUGAUGUUUUUUUUAAAUCAGCAAUAUAAAUAAAGAUGAAUAAAUAGAUAAACAGUAGAGUUAAAUUGUAUAGAUAAUUGUCUAAUUUUCAUCUGUUUAAAAAUGUUGGUCUCAAAGUUAUGAUGUCAUUGGUUGAUACUGGAAAGCUCUUUUGUUUUAGGAAGUGCUCGUGUGAUUUAUCGUGUGUGACAUCAUCAUUCUGCAUAGUAUACUACCUUGAUAUUGAUUUACGGUAGUUUAUCAUAGGAAUACAGUCUCCUGCAUAUCAAUCACUUUUCAUUGUACAUAAAUAAUUCAUAGUUUUUUGCCCUCUCCGUGGAGCCUAAAAGUCUCUCUCUCUUUCUGUUUUUAAGUAAUGGAGGUCAUCAGUCAGCGUCCUUUAUUAUGUGGCAUUACUAAAGACUUAUUUAAUAUCUUUAACCACAGCAGGUUUGACCGUGGCAAAGUCAUUCUCACUGUGUUUGUAUGUUGUGCUCAGAGAGAGGGGAGAGAUCAGAUGUCUCAUUAAUGGAACCAGAUGGAUAUUAUAAGUGGGACGUGCUGGUGUCCAUCUAUAAUAUGGAAGAAAAUCGAUUUUAGAAAUCAUUUCUUUUUAUAUAUACUGUAUGUUUAUCUGUCAGUGUUAAACUCAGUUUAAUUCAGAUGUCACAUCAUAUUUUAAUACAUGACAGCAUUAAACACUUUGAAUAAAGAAAAUAAACGUGCAAAUGUUUUAUCACUUUGCAUGAAAUAAGACUUUGUUCAAAAGUAAAUAAUAAUAAUGCAACUGUGUUUGCUUUCCACAUUAAAGUUUCAAUUAACAUUUAGACAAUAAUUCAUUCUUGUAGUAGGCUAUGGUUCCGCGUAACAUUUUCUUCACAGUCUGAAGUUUGUUUUAAGUUAGGCUUAUAUUUAAAUAUGUUGUUUUGUAUGGUAUAUAAAGGAAUAAUAGAGAUCACAAAAUUACAAAAUGUUCCUAUUCCCCACCAGUUUGGCCCGUCCCACACUUUGAGAAAUGCUGCAUACCCCCAGUAUAUGUUGUCUUUCCAGAAACAAUUAAUGAUAAUAAUCAAUGUUUUCAUGUUCAUUUUAUGCGCCACUUUCUGUCAAGUGUCUUCCACAAUGCUCAUUAUUUACCAUAAAGUCUUUAAGAUUGAACUAGACAGCAUGAAGCAUUACAAAUGAGGUUUUCUUGCAGAACUGUGUUGGACUCAUCCCAUUCUUUUGGUUGUGUGACUAUCGAAUUUCUUUUGCAAUCCAGGGAGUUUCUCUUCACGUCAUUUCAAUUCAGGUUCCACUUUAAUGUCCUAUGGGGGGUGGCCAAUUUAAUUCAAAUUCCAGCAAGGGAGAUAAUUUUUAAAAGAAGAAUUAUUACCUGAUUUCUAUCACUGGUUUUUCAUGUUUCUGUAAACGUUCAUGUUUGCAUCCUUAUGUUGGACUUAUGGGGUGAGGAGAAAUUGAGAAGGAGAGAAAAAAAAGAGAGGACAGAUGAGCAGAUAAGAGAGCAAGUGAAUUAAUAAAAGAGAGUCUACCGUCUUCUCUUUGCCGCACCCAGCUUAAGCAUAGCCUGACAUCACACAUUUACUGGAAGCUCAUAUGCUUUUCAUGAAUGCUAUUCAUUUUUUGUCUCUUAUCAAACCCCAUAGUUUAUUUAAAACAUUUUUUUAAAUGGUCUCCCAGUGUUUUGAGUGUGUUUAAUGCAUCUUCCAUUGUUGAACUCAUUUGAAUCUUUUAAAAAAUCUAAAGAACUUAAAUAUUUAGUUCAUUUUCAUGUCAAAAUGAAAUGUCCACUGUGUGGCACUAGAAGUAAGUUUUAUUUUAAAAGCCAAUCACAUUUUAAAUUAAUGUCCUAUCGACGUAACCAAUAAUAAACCAUAACCAAAAAGAAACACAUUUUGAUCUAAGCCAACCCCUAUCUUUACACUGUAAAAAAUAAUACCCUGACUUUACUUUUACCCCUUUUUUAAAUGCAUAAAUUACUUAAAAUUCCAUGUGAAACUUGAUGCAAAAAUGAUUCACUAUAUUUUUAAGUAAAGUCAGCUUUUAUUUUUUUCAGUGUACCUCUGAAUACGCCUUGAAUUCAAAUGUCAAAAAUCCAAUUGAUGCACAAAAUUUCAGAAAUUUUGAAACCAUAUUACAAGGAUCCGACCUACUAAUCUAAAUCAUGAUUUUGAUCUGUUAGUGUGUCUAAAAGUUGUGGUAUUUCUUGUAUAACUAGUAGUCAUUUUACUGCAGUGAUGUGUACCAGUUCAUGUAACAGUGUACUGUAUGUAUAGUUUUUCCAAUAGAGUAUGAACAUUGCAAACUCUCAAUAUGCCCAUGAGGCAUUCUCUUCUGUGUUUUUCAUCUUCUUUUGUUUCUCAGAAUGUCUGGAUCAUGAAAGUAGGAAUAGUGCACCCAGAGGAGAGAGGCAGCCUCAAAAUGAUUCUUGGUUAAUAAUUCAAACUGCAUAUUGAAAUCAUGAGCAGUUUUUACUAUGUCAAAGCCUUCCCUAAGAUGCUGUGGAGACAAAUUAUUUAAUUUUGAAAAAAAAUUGUUGAAUUAAAUAGAUGUACCACAGUUUUUACAGCACUUGUGUAGCAAAGCACUUUUAAUUGCAAGGGUCAGAGAGAGUUAAUAAUUAAAUUAUCAAAAGGUUUUUGCUGCUAAUACUCCUAAUACACCUCGACUAACAUGCAGACCAUGGGAGAGAAAAUAAAAGGAUUUUAAAAACAUGAUAUAACUUCUUUAGGAAAGCACCACAAUGGGGGAUGAGUCUUGGGGCAAUUCAAUGUCUGUGGAAACUAACCUGCUUUUUAGCAUUGAUCCUCAGAAAUCAAUACAUCUCCACAGACUUCUCUCUCUCUCUCUCUCUCUCUCUCUCUCUCCAGCUCAUCUGCAAGGCAUUACGUAAUGUCAAGCUAUAAUGGUGUCAUUAGCUAAAUAUAGCCUCUUUGUCCUCCCAGACGCAGGGACCAUCAUUGAAAUGGGAUUGUGACAUCCGGAGUAAACAUAAUGUGAUUGCGUGUGUGUGUGUGUGUGUGUGUGUGUGUGUGUGUGUGUGUGUGUGUGUGUGUGUGUGUGUGUGUGUGUGUGUGUGUGUGUGUGUGUGUGUGUGUGUGUGUGUGUUAGAAAGUGGUAGUGCUGGUGUCUAUAGCUGUCACUUCAUUGCAUUAGUCAGUAAAUAAAGCUGUCUAAAAUAUAGCUUUAUCCUGCAGUGUCUUGACUUAAUGUGCUGUUUGAAGGAAAGCACACAGACAGACAGACAGACAGACAGACAGACAGUCAGUCAUGUCACCAUAGGUACUGUGUGACCAAACAAGCAUAGGAAGAAUGACUUGCUAUGUUUUGCUAUUAAGAUCGUUUUAAAGAUGUAUUGUGUAAGCCCCAGCACAUUUUCUCCUACUGUGUCGCAGUUAGAAGACAUGUUAUUAAUCAUUAGCAGUUUUGUUUUACUGUAAAUGAGUCAGAACUGCUACAGUAUACACCCGGAUGGCAGUGAAUAUUAGUGAUUCAUAGGUCAGUAUAUGUGAUCAGUAUUUUCUGUAUCCACAGGUCUUCUGAGCUGUUGUGUGUGUGUAGGAUUGAAAGAGUGAGUUUAUUUAUACAUGUGAGUGUGACCGUAUCCCAUCACCAUGGCCUCGAUGAGGGUGACCUUGGAGAAUCAACUCCACAGUGCACAGAAGAACCUGCUGUUUCUGCAGCAAGACCAUGCCAACACACUGAAGGGUCUUCAUGCUGAGAUCCGCCGUCUACAACAGCACUGCACAGAUCUAACAUAUGAGCUGACAAUGAGGAGCUCUGAUGCAGGCGAUGAUGGUGAGGCACGCUGCAGAGAGCUACACCAGCGCUGUGAGGAACUGGAGGUUCAGCUGAAGGCCAAAGAGCAGGAAAACACAGAGCUUCUGCGGGACCUGGAACAGAAGAACGCCAUGAUCUCUGUUCUGGAGAACACCAUCCGUGAGCGAGAGAAAAAAUAUCUCGACGAGCUGAAGUUGAAGAGCCACAAGUUGGCCGUGCUGUCUGGAGAGUUAGAGCAGAGAGCCAGCACCAUCGCCUACCUCACCUCCCAGCUCCACGCUACCAAAAAGCGCCUUCUCGCCGGGGGAGCAUCAGGCGUGAGCCAGUCCGUCAGCCCCGUUGGCACUUUCAAACCAACCCCUCCACCUGCUCCUGCACCAUCGGGAAAUGAAAAAGACAUCCGCCAACCCGAUACACCUCGCAGGCGCAUGCGCAAAAGUCUUUCGCAGCCACUGCACUCCGAAUACACAGAGCUGUAUCGAACAGGUGCCACGGACGGCCGCAGGGUGGUACUGAGAGAUUCCCUAGAUUCAAUGCCGGAUCCCACACCGUUCCUGCAGGCCAGAGAGCCGGCUGCCCCCGUAGAGUCUCAGCCGGUGGUGCGGGAACGCCCUUCUGUGAUCCCACCCAUUGUUUCUUCCACACCCCCUGCACCAUCAAGCCCCGCCCAUAUCCCGGUGCCCCCCAGCCCCAGGAAUAGUCCGGCACGGGAGGGGUCUCUUCCCCGUGCUAACGCGCAUAUAGGAGUAGCACAUCGGAUCCACCGCUCACCCUCAGCAGGCGGAGACCGGCCACCGGCGGAGGUGGAGACCCUCGCCGUAGACCAAGUCAAUGGGGAACAGGUGGUCCGAAAACGCUCGGGCGCAGACAGAACUGUUUAAACUGAUGCAUUUUAACAUCCCUCAAAUACAGAUAGAAGUAUAUAAACAUAGGUGUAUUAAGACCAAUGCAGUAUAUGCAGAACUCUUUGACUGUGAAAACGCAUACAGACAUGCUCAGAUCAUCAACAUACCUCUGACAGAAACAAUAAACACUGCUGAUUUAAAACAAAUAACAAACACAGCACAACAAUGGGUGAACAACAUACACUGGCACACUGAAAAAAAACACCGGUGUUACAUGAUUGAAUUAAGUUUUUUUUUAAUUAAUUUUUUUGUUGGAUCUUCAUAAUUCAAUAAGGUCACUGGUUAAGCAUGAUUGAAUCAAUUUUUCUUAAAAUGAAAUAAAACAUUAAUUCAAUGAAUUCAAUCAUGUGAAACCGGUGUCCACAAGUUUUUAUUUCAGUGUAUUCGAACAAGUAAGAUUUAAGCAAGUACUGUUAUUACCCAGACAGCAGACGACUCCGGGAUGCUGACUUUAGCGUGGAUCUGGUGUGGAAUCAUCUGUUAACGCAAAGGAAUAUAACUGUGUUUCUUGGAGAAAGAUAAAGAGUGUGCAAGAUCUACUGUAUGUCCUGCUUUUGCUACUUUUUAUGCAACACUGUAAGAACAAAAAAUGACUUUUGUUCGCGAUCAUUUUAAGAACUUUUUGUCUGGUCUCAUUCGAGGAAAACUGUGAGCAUGCCAAAUGUUUCUUUCUCUUGCUCACUUGCAGCAUCUUCUUUGCACUUUGGAUUCCUCUUUUUUGUUUUUCUUUGUUUAGUUUUAGUCCACAUGCAAUACAAAAUCCCACAUGCACACAUAUUGCCAAACCCGUCAUAGCCUGCUGAUUUAACGUGCUGUAAUGCAUAUUCAUAUCUACUUAUAUUUAUUCAUAAGCACUGCAGUGGUACUGGAAUCUUCAGCUCUCCUCACUCUCUAAUGUGAAAGUCUCAAAGCUCCUUAUUAAACACAUCAAACAAA